UUAGAUUAUGCAGAAAAUGGAAGUUUACGAAAUUAUUUAGACACAUGUUAUAAUAAAUUAGGUUGGAGUGAUAAGUUUAAUUAUUUACAUAGCAUUGCACAUGGACUAGAAGAUAUUCAUGAAAUAGAAUUAAUACAUCGAGAUUUGCAUAUUGGUAAUAUAUUAAGGCUCAAAAAUCUCACUUGCAUAACUGAUUUGGGGUUAUGUAAACCUGCUGAUUAUAAUGCAUCAGAGAAUGCAAAAGACAAAAUAUAUGGUAUUUUGCCUUAUAUUGCCCCUGAAAUUUUACGUGGACAAAAUUAUACCAAAGCUUCAGAUAUUUAUAGUUUUGGCAUAAUCAUGUUUGAAGUAAUUUCUGGAUUACCUCCGUUUUAUGAUUUAGGUCAUGAUUUAAAGCUAGCAAUGAAAAUUUGUAAAGGACUUCGACCAAGAUUUAAUAUUAAAGUACCUCAAUUGAUUGUGUAUUUAAUUAAAAGAUGUUUGGAUGCAAAUCCAUUAAAUCGACCAAAUGCAGAAGAAAUUAAAAAAACUUUAAGCCAAUGGUUUAGAGAAUCAAAUAGUUUGUUAAAUAUUAGUAAUCUUAGUGAUUAUACAAGUAUGCAAAAACAAAUUAAAGAAGCAAAUGAAAUAAAUAACAGUUCAUCAAAUAGUAGUAUAACUUCAAAUUUAGGAACAUCAUACAUAACACACUCAGAAGCUACUUAUACCAGUAGAUUACUCGAUUUUGAUAAUCUUCCUGAGCCAAAAAAUU